AUGAGUGUGCUGUCGGCAGCUGAAAUGCGAGGGCAGGUUGUGAAGAUCCAGCAUACUGCUCUGAUCCUGGUACCUCUUUCUUGUCUGUCUCCAGCUGGCGAGGCCUUCGUUACCCUCGUCACCACAGAUGCCUACUGCAUGGGAGCGACUGUGGUGGCCCAGAGUUUACGGCGGCAUGGGACAACUCGCCGCAUCGUUGUCAUGGUUACGCCAAACGUCUCACAGGAACCACGACUUGCCCUUGAGAGGAUGUUUGAUGAGGUUGUCCUGGUAGAUGUAAUGGACAGCAGGGAUCAGGUUCGCCUGUCCUGGCUGCGACGUCCUGAGCUCGGAACCACCUUCACCAAGAUCCACUGCUGGACCCUCAUCCAGUACAGCAAGUGUGUCUUCCUGGAUGCUGACACACUUGUGCUGUGCAACGUGGACGAACUGUUUGAGAGAGAGGAGCUGUCUGCGGCCCCGGACCCUGGCUGGCCAGACUGCUUCAACUCCGGGGUGUUUGUCUUCCGACCCUCCUUGGACACGCACGCCAGGCUGCUGGAGCACGCCCAGAAGCACGGCAGCUUUGAUGGGGGAGACCAGGGACUCUUGAACUCGUUCUUUAAUAACUGGGCAGUGAAGGACAUCAGUAAACACCUGCCCUUUGUCUACAACCUCAGUGCCAACACAGUCUACACCUACCUCCCUGCUUUCCAACACUACGGCCACACAGCGAAGAUUGUCCAUUUCCAAGGAGCAGUUAAACCAUGGUGCUUCGGCUCCAGCGUCCAGGCGGAGGAGGGCCAAUCAGACACUUGUAUGGGACACUUUGUCACUCAGUGGUGGAAGGAGUACCUCUGCCAUGAAGCCCCUGUCCUGCCAAACAAACAGCCCAGCCAAGCCCAUGAGAAACCAUCACAGGAAGUACGAGCAUCCACAUCAGGGAACAUUGAGGUGAGAGAAGCCAGGAGGCCGUUCAGGGAAAACUUGGACAUCUCCAACUCGCUGCUGCCACAUUUCUCGUCACAAACUGAGACGCUCCGUUCACCGUCUGAACCCGAGGACACGUGUUCACAUCCAGAUACCACACAGCUGGAGGAGGAAGCAGCAAACCCUCAAGAGACGGAGGACCAGGGCCCACCUGUGGGUGCAGAGGGGUCGAAGGACAGUGGUGCCACCUCAGCCACCAACACAGAACCAUUGGCUGCUGAAGCCGAGGCAGAGCAGCAGCUGGAGCAUCGCAGGCUGUGGGAGGCCGGCCAGGCCGACUACCUGGGCAGAGACGCCUUUCAUAACAUUCAGAGGAAACUGGACCGCUUCCUGGAUUAG